AUGCCGCGUUCCUCCCAGCCUAUUCACAUACUCGGGCUGGGUAGCAUCGGCUCCUUCAUCGCGCAUGCUAUACGCGCCCUCCCCAACCCCCCUGCAGUCCGCUUGCUAGUUCAUCGCAAGAACCUCUACGAUGAAUUCGCUUCAAAAGGAUGGAAACUUGGGCUUCGCGUCGGCGAAGACGGGCCUCUUGACGAACAAGGUGGCUUUGACGCCGAGCUGCUCACCCCAUCCAGCUCUGAGCCCAUCCACCACCUAAUUGUUGCCGUCAAAGCCUCGGCGACGGUCUCCGCGCUACAGCCUAUCCAACACCGCCUUGGUCCACAAUCCACGGUGUGCCUGUUUCAGAACGGCCUCGGCCAGAUUGAGGACCUGAAUGAGCGCAUCUUUAUCGACUCUAGCCGCCGCCCGACGUACAUGUUUGGCAUUAUGCGCCACGGCGUCUACCUCCGGUCGCCGACGGAAGCGAUCCUCUCGGGCCGAGGUGGCCGUGCGGCCAUCGGUGUGGUCGACGCUCAGCCGCCAGCCGCCCAAAAUGCGGAUCCCCAGUUCCUUCUAGAAACUCUGUUACAGUCGCCGAUCCUGCGCUGCGAAGAGCUCGCGUGGGCGGAUUUGCUUCACGACCAGCUCUUCAAGCUUGCCGCGAACUGCGUGCUGAAUCCCUUGACAGCGUUACUGGACGUGCGUAACGGGGUCAUCAAAGCGAAUCCUGAUCUGCAGCCGCUCAUCCGGCGUCUACUCGCGGAGAUCUCCCAGGUUUUUCAGAAUCUCCCUGAGCUGCGAGAUCUGUCAGCGGACCAGCGGGAUAGAUUUUCGGUUCCGUCACUGGAAGCGGUGGUGAUGGAUACGAUUGAGAAAACUGCGGGCAACUCGAGCAGCAUGCGGGAGGAUGUACGGAAGGGCCGCGCGACAGAGAUUGAAUAUAUUAAUGGCUGGAUAUUGCGACGAGGGAGCGAGCUGGGGAUCGAAUGUCCGGUUAAUUUGAACUUGACGCAACUCGUCCUGGCAAAGAGUCGGCUGACCACGGCGCAGGGUACAGGGUGA